AUCUGUCAGUCAUUCAUCAUCGCCUUCGCCGCACUCUCUUUCCUCUCUUCUGUGCUGCUUUUGCUCUGCUUCUUCUUCUUCUUCCCUGUUUUUGAUCUUGCAUCACAAUGCUUUUAUUAAUCGCUGCCUGAUCAUUUCGAAAGGAAAAGAAAAAAGGGGAAUUCCUUUCCUUGAAUGGAGGACACUGUUCUCUAGGUGCUUUCCUUCUUCACAAACUGAAAUCGAGAUUUAAUCACAGGAAUAACAUCGAAAACAAGAUGAUGCUCAGGAAUUUGGUGGUUGGGAUGCUAUUUGUCACCGUAAUUGCUCCGAUUGUCCUCUACACUGAUAGAUUCGCUGCCUUCAAGGCUUCCUCCUCUAGAGCUGAAUUUCUUGAAGACGUCACGUCUUUUACUCUUUCCGGUGAUACAAGGGAGCAUCUCAAUGUGUUACCCCAGGAGGCUGCAGCUCUGAAAGAGCCCAUUGGGAUUGUAUAUUCCGAUAACUUUACCAAUUCAGCUUCAGACAACUUCACCAUUCAAAUUCUAGAUUCAUCACCUAAAGAUUUGCAUUUACCAGAUACAAGAGAACAUAAAUCUGCUAGAGUAUUGUCCGCCACCGACGAUGGACAUCAAUCCCAAACUGGUAAUACCAUCAGACAAGUCACUGACACCACUAAUCAAGACGGAAGUCAGAAUGAUGCUGGAGAUGCAAAGAAAAAGGACGGAGUGUCGGACAAUUCCCCUCGAAAUCUGCUUAAGCAGCAAUCUGCUCUAAUUUCUGGAAUGGUCAAUGAGAAAGACUCCCCCAAGCCAAAAAUUGAUAAACAGAUAUUUCAGACACCUUUUCCAGAUGCUCGAGUGCGGCAACUCAGGGAUCAACUUAUUAGGGCAAGGGUAUACCUGUCUCUUCCAGCAACAAAGAACAAUCCGCAAUUAACAAGGGAGCUUCGAUUGCGGAUAAAGGAAGUUCAACGUGUACUUGGAGACGCAACUAAAGAUUCUGAUCUGCCAAAGAAUGCCAAUGAGAAAUUGAAGGCCAUGGAUCAAUCAUUGGCGAAAGGCAAGCAGAUGCAGGAUGACUGUGCUACUGUGGUUAAGAAGCUUCGGGCUAUGCUCCACUCAACUGAAGAGCAGCUCCGAGUGCAUAAGAAGCAGUCCAUGUUUUUGACCCAAUUAACAGCAAAAACACUUCCUAAAGGUCUACAUUGUCUUCCACUACGCUUGACUACUGAGUACUAUAGCUUGAAUUCUUCUGCGCAACAAUUUCCAAAUCAAGAGAGAUUAGAAGACCCUCGGUUGUAUCAUUAUGCAUUAUUCUCUGAUAAUGUUCUGGCAGCAGCUGUUGUUGUGAACUCCACAAUUACCCAUGCUAAGGACCCUUCAAAACAUGUUUUCCACAUUGUUACUGAUAGACUCAAUUAUGCAGCAAUGAGAAUGUGGUUUCUAGUGAAUCCACCAGGCAGAGCCGCUAUUCAGGUUCAGAAUAUUGAAGAGUUUACAUGGUUAAAUUCAAGUUAUAGUCCUGUUCUCAAGCAGUUGGGUUCUCAGUCUAUGAUAGAUUAUUACUUUAGGGCUCAUCGUGCUAAUUCUGAUUCUAAUUUGAAGUACCGAAACCCAAAGUACUUAUCCAUCCUGAACCAUCUACGCUUUUACCUGCCUGAGAUCUUCCCAAAGCUCAACAAAGUGCUGUUCUUAGAUGAUGAUAUAGUGGUACAGAAGGAUCUUACAGGCCUUUGGUCCCUUGAUAUGAAGGGUAAUGUUAAUGGCGCUGUAGAGACUUGUGGUGAGAACUUUCAUCGUUUUGAUCGAUAUCUUAACUUCUCAAAUCCUCUUAUUUCAAAGAAUUUUGAUCCUCGUGCUUGUGGAUGGGCAUAUGGAAUGAAUAUCUUUGAUUUGAAGGAAUGGAGGAGACAAAACAUCACUGAUGUAUAUCAUAAUUGGCAGAAGCUGAAUCAUGACAGAACAUUGUGGAAGUUGGGGACCCUUCCACCUGGCCUCAUUACUUUCUGGAAAUGGACUUAUUCCCUUGAACGUUCUUGGCAUGUGUUGGGCCUUGGCUAUAACCCCAGUUUGAACCAAAGAGAAAUUGAACGAGCCGCUGUUAUACACUACAAUGGCAACAUGAAACCAUGGCUUGAGAUAGGCAUACCAAAGUACCGCAACUACUGGUCGAAAUAUGUAGAUUAUGAUCAUGUGUAUUUGAGAGAAUGCAAUAUUAACCCCUAGAAGGGACCUCUUGGUACGCCAAUCAUAGAGCUCCACUGCAUGCCUCAUGUGGCCAAAUAUUUUUACAGGUCUGCAUCACUCUGUCUAGGUUCUUUUGCUAGGUUGAAGCUUCUAGCUCAAUUCUUUCCGUACACAAUUUUUUCCUCUCCUUAUGGCAUGGUAGUUAAUUUUGGGACUCUUAAUUAUAUAUCUGCAAAUUGGCAGUUGUAUUUGUAAAUGAUUGCUGAGUGCUUACAUUUUUUUGGCUGUAAUAUUAGUGUCAACAUUCUGUGCAUAG